AUGAGGUAUUGUGCAUUUCGAACGUUUCAUGCUAACGCUUGCUUCUUGUUCUCUUCCACUUCUUCUCCCUUUCUCAUCCUUUCUUAUUAUUCUCAUGUACCUAAUCUUGAUUAUCACACGGUAUCUGGGUUCAAUCCUAAUGUUGAUGAUGCUGUUUUCUCUUUCAAUAGCCUCAUCAAUCGGCGUCAUCCCCCUUCUCAUGUUGAAAUUGGUAAGCUUCUUAAGGCUCUUAUUAUGGAGAAACACUACCACAUUGUUGUUUCGCUUUUUUCACAAUUAGAGGUUAGGGGAAUUGCUCCUAGCUUCCUUACUCUAAACAUGUUGAUAGAUUGUUUCUGCCAAAUGGGUCAUACGGGUUAUGCUUUUUCUGUAUUGGGGAAGAUUAUCAAGAUGGGUUAUCAAUGCGAUAUAAUAACUUUGAACACCUUAAUGAAAGGAUUGUGUAUUAACGGAAAGGUUAAGUCAGCUUUGAAAUUUCAUGAUGAGGUCAGAGCACAAGGAUAUCAGCUUGAUAAGGUUACUUACGGGACCUUAAUCAAUGGUCUUUGUAAGAUAGGACAAACAAGAGCUGCGAUCGAGUUGCUGCGAAAGCUAGAGAGGCAACCAAUCAAGCUUGAUGUAAUAAUAUAUAGUAUUGUUAUUGAUGGGUUAUGCAAAGAUGGUCUUGUAAACGAGGCAUGCAAAUAUUUCUCUGAGAUGAUUGCACGGGGAAUUUCUCCUGAUGUUGUUAGUUACAGCUCUUUAAUUCACGGUUUAUGCUGUGUGGAUAAACUAGAAGAAGCUACUAAAUUGUUGAAUCAAAUGGUGCAAAGCAACAUGAAACCUAACAUUUAUACUUAUAGCAUACUGAUUGAUGCACUAUCUAAAGAAGGAAAAGCCACAGAAGCCCAUAAAGUGUUUCAUUUGAUGCUGCAAAGAGGUCUUAAACCUGAUAUUGUUACUUACAAUGCUUUAAUAGAUGGGUAUUUUCUUGCUAAGAAUGUGAGUGAGGCAGCUACUUUAUUUGAUGAUAUGGUGAAAAUGGGCCUGAAACCAGAUGUUCAAAGUUAUACUAUCAUGAUUGAUGGAUAUUGUAAGAAUAGAAGAGUGGAUAAAGCUUUUGCUUUGUUCAAAACUAUGCCUCAAAGAAAUUUAGUUCCUGAUACAGUAACGUAUAGCUCUCUUAUUGAUGGAUUAUGUAAAUCUGGGAGGUUAUCCGAUGGGCAAGAUCUUCUGGAUGUGAUGCAUGCACGUGGUCAGGACCCUGAUUUGAAUACUUUCAAUAUCUUGUUAGAUGGGUUGUUCAAAAGCAGACAUCUUGAAGAGGCUAUUGCAUUAUUUUUUAAAAUUAUUGGCAAAGGGAUUCGUCCUAGUGUAGUCACAUGUAACAUACUUAUUGAUGGAUUGUGCAAAGGUGGAAGACUUAAAACCGCACAACAGUUUUUCCGGCAUAUCCACAUUAACGGCUACCAAUUGGAUGUCAUAACAUAUAAUGUCAUGAUUUCUGGGCUUUGUAAAGAGGACUUGCUCGAUGAAGCCAUGGCUUUGCUUACAGAAAUGGAUAAAAAUAGUUGCUUUCCUAACAUAGUAACUUAUGAAAUACUUAUAAAGGCUCUUCUUGAAAGGAACGAAAAUCAUAAGGCAGAAAAGCUUCUCUGUGAAAUGAUUUCUAAAAGAGUUAUGAGUCAAUAA